AUGUCAUACACAGAAUAUAUCAAUAAGGAAAUAGAUAAUGUUGAUGAAGUCAACAGAUCGGAGAUUUCAAUACCAGAAGAAUUUUCCAAGCGUAACGAAUUUUUUCUUGCCCCAGGGAAUAGAAAAUAUAGCAAACAAUAUUUUUCAAUGUAUCAAUAUAGAUUAAAAAAUUUAAAACCAAGAGUUGAAGAAAUAGCCAUGAAAAAAUGGGGGAAUGGAACUCAAGAAAUUGAUGGACAAACUAUAGUUAGAACAAAUAAAAUUUUAGAUAUAACAAGUGGCAAGUUAUGUUGGGUUGUUGGUACUGUUUAUUGUGAUGCCAAAUAUAAAUUGAAUAUCUUAGAUGAUGUUGAGAAAGGUACUGAUGAUGUGAUGCCUCCUGUACCUGUUACUUAUAUGGAUGGUGAUGAAUCACCUAUAAUGAUGUUGGAGGAUGAAUCAGGAAGAGCUAUUUUACAUAAUGAUGAAUAUUUAAAGAAAAAUUUAUUAGUAACUGGGUGUAUUGUUGCAGUAUUGGGUAUGGAACUUCAAGCAGGUAUAUUUGAAAUAAUGGAUGUUGUAUAUCCUGAAUGUGCUCCACAAAAACCACUUCCUAGCUCACCUUCAGGGAAAAUUGCAUUAGUUUCAGGAUUGAACAUUGGUGAAGAAAGUCAUUAUGAUUUGAAAUUGGAAUUAUUGAAACAAUAUCUUAUUGGAGAAGUAGGUAAUUUCGAUGACAAAUCGAACAGUUCAACAAUUUCUCAAUUGAUCAUUGCCGGUAAUUCAAUUAUGCCUAUUGAAAACUUGAGUGCAGAGAUGGAUUUGAAAAAUUAUAUCACUACGAAUAACUAUGGAUCUAAAAAUAUUUCUAAAUAUAAUGCUGAAUCUUUAAAACAAUUGGAUAUUUUUCUUAAAGAUAUCCUUGUCAGUUUACCAGUAGCGGUCAUGCCAGGAGAUCACGAUCCAGCAGAAGUUUGUUUACCACAACAAGCAUUACAUAAAAUGUUGUUCAGAACAAACAAGGCAUUGUUAGGUAGUGACCGCUUGAUAAGAACGACCAACCCACAGUGGAUGGAAGUCAAUGGAGUAAGAAUGUUGGGUACAAGUGGUCAAAAUGUUGAUGAUGUCAUGAGAUAUAUACCUGAUACCAAUGGAAGCAUCUCACCAACAUCGAUACAAGUCAUGGAAAGUAAUAUCAAAUGGCAAAACUUUGCUCCUACCUGUCCCGACACAUUAUAUUGUUACCCAUAUGAUAAUUAUGAUCCAUUUAUAUUUGCUGAAGAGUUGCCACAUGUUUAUUUUGUGGGUAAUCAAAAGAAAUAUGAUUUCAAGAAGUUGGCAUAUGAAGGAAAAACAGUAUCAUUGAUUAGUGUACCGAAUUUCAAAGAAUCGGGUGAAAUUGUAUUAUUAGACUUGAACACAUUGGAAACAGAGGUAGUAACAAUCGAACUUUAA